AUGGGUCGGGGGCUUCUCAGUAUUCUACAGCCCAAAUAUUGCCUGGCUCUGGAGGCGCCUAUCGCACCAGGAGCAGGUGCUGCAAAGUCCUUCCCGGAGAUCAUGAGACGCCUGGUGAGUGAACCACACCCUGGGUCCCAUGGGCCAGGGGAGACUCGAGCCCCUCAUGGGGCUGGUGUGUCCCCCAUGAGGAGCUGCAGGACCUGGUCUGCCAGCUUUAUAGGGGGGUCUCAUCCCAUGGAGAGGGGUCCCCAGCAGUCCUGGGGACUGAAAUCCCAGGGGACCCUGCUCAGGCCUCCGAUCCCAGCCCAGAAAGACAGGUCCCCCCACACCUGCUGUCCUACAAAAUCCUUCGGGCUCACCCUGCAACUGUGGGAUGUGCUCGUCUUGGAGGGUGAGCAGGUACUGACGGCCAUGGCGCAUGCAUCAUUCAAAAUACACAGGGAGCGCCUCAUGAAGCUUUCCUGGAGCACCGUCUGGGAGUUUCAGGAGCGACUCUCUCAGAGCUGGGCCCUGGAGGACAACGCGGUCCUCAGGAACCUUCAAACCUCCAUGAAGGAACUCACAAGGAAACACUGGGACCUGCCGCCCCCAGCAGAACUCAAGUGAGUGUCCUCGAGGGCGUCCCCUGGCAUUGGGCCCCUAUCUGAGGGGGACAGACUGGCCCCCACCCCACCAGCUCAGCUCCAGGGACUCAUGCCAUCAGUCCCUCAGGACAAAAGCCUUGUCCUCCCCCAGCUUGGCCUGACUAGGCUGUCCUCAAGGCUGGGGCCGAGGCCCAGCAGCACAAGGAGGCCUCACCAGAACCCAGGGCAGCAAGCCACUCUAGGGGCCCAGAGGCUCAAGAUAAGGCCAGCCUCUCCCUCGGUGACGUCAGGCCUUAUAUAUGAAAAUGCCUGUGCUGGAACUCUAUGCCACAGUGCCCGACAGACCUGGAUGUUGGGAGCCCAUGGUUCCCCAACUACAAUUUUGAACAGGGCUACUGUGCCCGUCACUUCCAACAUCUUAACCUGGGCAGCUCUGGAACCACAGGCCAGGCCUGGUCCAGGAAGCCCACUGGGCCCUGACACCAGGCCCUGCCUGGGCUUAUGA